AUUGCACACAGUAUAGAGCUUAGAUGCAGCAGAACUCUUCCACAUAGCAGAAGUGUCUAGCAACUCUAGUGUGGUCCAGAGAGGUGGCGUCCACUGAUUUAAUGUUUAAGUUCAUAGCUUCAGGGAAAGUGAGCAAACACCUGCUGCUUUUGACCAAGAGCAGAGGUUUUUCUAAAUAAAUUGAAGGGUAUUUCAGCUGUGUGAAGACAACUUCUUACGUAUAUAAUGUAACAGACGAGGUCGGAAAAUACAAACAUACCGACGUGUGGACCAUAUUAAGCAAGAUGAACAUCUCUGGAAGCAGUUGUGGAAGCCCUAGUUCUGCAGAUAUUUCUAAUGACUUUAAGGAGCUUUGGACAAAACUAAAAGAGUGCCAUGAUAAAGAAGUACAAGGUUUACAAGUAAAAGUAACCAAACUGAAAAAGGAACGAAUUUUAGAUGCACAAAGACUAGAAGAAUUCUUCACCAGAAAUCAACAGCUAAGAGAACAACAGAAAGUCCUUCAUGAAACCAUUAAAAUUUUAGAAGAUCGGUUAAGGGCAGGAUUAUGUGAUCGCUGUGCAGUAACUGAAGAACAUAUGCGGAAAAAACAACAAGAGUUUGAAAAUAUCCGGCAGCAGAAUCUUAAACUUAUUACAGAGCUUAUGAAUGAAAGGAAUGCUCUACAAGAAGAAAAUAAAAAGCUUUCUGAACAACUGCAGCAAAAAAUUGAGAAUGACCAACAGCAUCAGGCAGCUGAGCUUGAAUGUGAGGAAGAUAUUAUUCCAGAUUCACCAAUAACAACCUUCUCGUUUUCCGGCGUGAACCGUCUACGAAGAAAGGAAAACCUCCAUGUCCGAUACGUAGAACAAACACAUAGUAAAUUGGAGCACUUUGUGUGUGCAAAUGAAUUGAGAAAAGUUUCCAAGGCUUCAGCUCAUCUACAAUAUAAUCCUAAUGAAAAGGAAAUUCUGGUAGCUGACACUUGUGAUCAAAGUCAAUCUCCAGUGGCUAAAGCACAUGGGACAAGCAGUUAUCCUACUGAUAGGUCAUCUUUUAAUUUAGCUGCAGUUGUUGCUGAAACACUUGGACUUGAUGUUCAAGAAGAAUCUGAAUCUCAAGAUCCCAUGAGCCCUCCUGGUGAUGAUCUCUACCACUGUCCGGAAGGAGAUCACAAGAAACAGCCUUUUGAGGAGUCUACAAGAAACAGUGAAGAUAAUUUAAGAUUUUCACAUUCUACUUCAGAGACUUGUCCUCAAGAAUUGACCGUUCGUGUGUCAUCUCCCGUAUUUGGAGCUGCCUCCAAUGUGAGAAGUGGUCUAGGUCUGAAUACGAGUUUGUCCCCCUCUCUUUUAGAGACUGGGAAGAAGAAACAUCUGAAAACAGCCCCUUUUAGCAAUACUUCUAUUUCUAGAUCAGAGAAAACGAGGUCAAAAUCUGAAGAUAGCGCCCUUUUCACACAUCAUAGUCUUGGGUCUGAAGUGAACAAGGUCAUUAGCCAGUCAUUCUCCAAUAAACAAAUACUUAUAAGUAAAAACAUAAGUGAAGCCACAGGUGAGCAGGACAGUCCUGAUCACAUUAAAGAUGCCUCUACUGAGAGACAUUUGGAGCCCCUGAAACCCCUGGGAGCCAGAACGUCCAAAAGGAAGAAAACCGAAGAAGAAAGUGAGCAUGAAGUAAGCUACCCCCAAGCCUCUUUUGAUAAAGAAAACGCUUUCCCUUUUCCAACGGAUAAUCACUUUUCCAUGAAUGGGGACUGUGCAAUGGACAAACCUCUGGAUCUGUCUGAUCGGUUUUCAGCUCUUCAGCGUCAAGAGAAAAGCCAAGGAAGUGAAACCUCCAAAACCAGAUUUCGGCAAGUGACUCUUUAUGAGGCUUUGAAGCCCGUUCCAAAGGGCUUUUCCUUAAGCCGGAAGGCCUCAGGUGGGAGCUGUGUGUUGCCCAAAGACUCCCCAGAGGAGCCCUGUUUACAGGAGUGCGUCGUCCUCCAGCCCUUGAGUAAAUUCUCUCCAGACAACAAACCGUUACAAAUAAAGGAAGAAAAUCCUAUCUUCAAAAUCCCUCUGUGUCCACGUGAAAGUUUGGAGACAGAGAAUCUUUUUGAUGACAUGAAGGGUACUGGUUCUCAAGAGCUAAUAAAAAUAAAAACCAGGUCAGUCCAUGGAGGAUGUGAACUUGCAUCAGUACUUCAGUUAAAUCCAUGUAGAAUUGCUAAAACAAAGUCUCUACAAAGCAGCCAAGGUAACUCCUUUGAAAAUAUCCAGUGGAGUGUAGAUCCAGGAGCAGACCUUUCUCAGUAUAAGAUGGAUAUUACUCUCAUAGAUACAAAGGAUGGCAGUCAGUCAAAAUUAGGAGGAGAGACAGUGGACAUGGACUGUACAUUGGUUAGUGAAACCAUUCUUUUAAAAAUGAAGAAGCAAGAGCAGAAGGAAGAAAAAAGUCCAAAUGAAGAAGGAAAAAUGAAUGACAGCUUGGAAGACUUGUUUGAUCGGACAACACAUGAAGAGUAUAAAUCCUGUUUGACAGAUAGUUUCUCUCAAGUAGCAGAUGAAGAGGAGGAAUUGUCUGCUGCCACAAAGAAACAAAACAUUCAUGGUGACAAGCAAGAUAAAGUCAAGCAGAAAGCAUUUGUGGAGCCAUAUUUUAAAGAUGAUGAAAGAGAGACUGGCUUACAAAAUUUUCCUCAUAUUGAGGUGGUUCGGAAAAAAGGAGAGAGAAGAAAAUUGCUUGGGCACACAUGUAAGGAAUGUGAAAUUUAUUAUGCAGAUAUGCCAGCAGAAGAAAGAGAAAAGAAGUUGGCUUCCUGCUCGAGACAUCGAUUUCGCUACAUUCCACCCAACACACCAGAGAAUUUUUGGGAAGUUGGAUUUCCUUCCACUCAGACUUGUAUGGAAAGAGGUUACAUUAAGGAAGAUCUUGAACCUUGUCCUCGCCCAAAAAGACGUCAGCCUUAUAACGCCAUAUUUUCUCCAAAAGGCAAGGAACAGAAGACAUAGAUGUUGAAGCAGAAAGAGGAGAGAGGACAGAUAUUUUUCUUAGUUAUUUAUAGUUGAAGUUGGUAUUAAACACGUAUUUUUUUUGAUCAUCUGUAAAUUGAUUUAUAAAUCAGUUUUCUAUUGAAAAUAUUUCUAAAUGGCCUUUAUGCACCACACAAAUAACUAUUUAAGAUGCGGGUGUGUUUGUGAUAUGUUCUUGCUUCUGCACCUUUAAAACAUUAAGGUGCUUUCAUUUUGCACUCUAACUUAAGAGUUGUUUAUUGACUUCAUGUGCUAAUACCUAAUACAGUUGUGAAAAUACA